GGAUCUGCUUAUAUAGAGAGAGAUAGAGAGGCACUGUUGCAACGAAACAAAAUUGCAAGCACACCCACACUAGAAUAAACCGAGGGUGGUUUAACUCUGGAGUUUGGGGUGUCAUGGAGAUUGAGCUACGCUUGCGAGGCUUGUUGCGACGGACCAAGGAUAAAUGCGAGGCGGAUGUGGAGGCAGGGUCGAGCAGCGGGAGUCCGGUGGAUCAAUCGACCAUACCCGUGGCGAUCUCGAAGGUCCGUUCACAACUCCGUCGGGUCGAUGCAGACGCAUUCACGCCGCACAGCGUGCUGAUCGGCGCUUACAACCAUCGUGAAGGUCUUUCUCAAUCGACGGAAAUGAAGGAGCAAGCCGUCAGCUAUAUUCUAUCUGGCGAUAAGCCGGAUGACCUAAUACAGAUGCUGGAAAAUCUGGAGGACAAAGUAAGGAGGUGCUAUGCACAUCUGCCCGACCAUAGUUUGUCUUCUGAGCAUUUCUGCAAUAUGCUGCUGCACGAUGGCUGCUAUCUGCUCCGUCUCUUUAUGACGUAUACUGACGACAGUGAGGAGGCAGGAUCCGACAACAGCACCCCUCAAGCUCCCGUGACGGGAGCCGGCGGAGUCUCCGACAGCGUUUCGCAGCGUGAUACCUUGUUCCUUUGUGAGAACCAGAUACCUUUCUUCGUGCUUCAGAAGAUCCACGAGCACGUUACAGAUGCCACCGGCAGGCCCAGCGUCCUCGAAUGCAUAGCACAUUCAGUCCAGGGGCUGCUGCAGGCACAGCUCUACAUCAGCAACAAGGCACGGCCGGCGCCGGGUCAGACGUCCCACCUGCUGCAGCUAGUGCGCGGCUUCUUCCUGCCAGCCAAGCCCCCGAAAGCCAUGGAAGAGAACACGGCAAGGCCUCGCACAGGGCGGUGGCGCCGUGCGACGGAGUACCGCUGCCACGGCAACAUCCGGUUCAAGUGCAAGGACUUCGUGGACGACAUUAAGUCCUCCAUCCUGGACGUUAGCUAUCAAGGAGGGACGCUGUCGAUCCCUCCCCUGCGGGUCGACAGCAACACGUGGACGAUCCUACGUAACCUCAUGGCGCUGGAGGAGCAGAUGACACAACGGUAUGUGACGGCCUACUGCGUCUUCAUGUCACAGGUGGCGGGUACGGUGGAGGAUGUCAAGCUCUUAGUUGGCGCCGGGAUCGUCGAACAGUUCCUGGCGAGUGACAAGCAGGUGGCUCAAGGCUUCGCCAACCUCUUAAGCGAUGUGGUCUUGCACGUGGACAAGCAGGAACAAAACUACCUCAAGCCCAUCUGGCACGACCUGGACAUGCGCUGCAACAAAUGGGCACACAGAUUCAUGGGAACGUGCCGUGAGCAGCACUGCCGCAACGGGUUGUACACCAUAGCGUUCAUCAUCACCGCCAUCCUCUUUGCCUCUGGAUUGAUGCAAGCGGUCUUUGCAGUCCUGAGCUACAAAUUCAAGAAUUAGUAGCGCUGGUUCACGUUGAGGUGGAUCGUUGCAUUUGUUUCGGUAGGGCUUUUCACAUUUCCCCGGGCGUGAUCCCGAUUCUGGUGACUGUUCCUACUUGUAUGAUGUUGAUCAGACUAUCUUACUGUGAGGAGGACUUUUGCUUUUGAAACACUGUGACGAGGGAGGACUUUGGUUAGAUGCUUUUCGAAGAAUUCAGUCAAAUAAAUAAUCACUUUAGAGCUAUAUAUACGGAAGUCGCCUGAAAACUGAU